AUGAUAUCAUCACCUAUAGCUUUUAGUGAUGUAUCUAGCGAAAGCAUACAUGAUAAUGAACAAAUCUUUAAAUGCAAAGAAAAGCCAAUGUUGUUUAAAUUAGAUCCAACAAUGAAUGAUAUAGAAAAUGUUAAGCAUUUAAUAGAAUUGAAUGGUGGGGUUGUGAUUGAAGGUAAUUAUGAGGAUUUCAUAUAUGAAAUAUCUGAUUCAAACCGUGUAAGUAUACAUUGCCAUUGGAUAUAUUGUUGUAAUCAAGAGCAAAAACUAAUAUCUUGUGAAUCAUUUAAGAAUUGGACAAAUAAAUUCACAUUUGGUAUCAAUAAGGUUGAAUUAAUAGAAUUUUUGCGAAACUUCGAUUUCAUGCUUGAUGAUAACAAUAUUCAAGAUAUCCCUGAUAUUGAUUCUGAUGAAGAUAAUUGUAUAAAAAAAUUAAUAGUUGAGAAUUAUCAAAUUUGUGAUACAGCCUUGUUUUUCAAGCACAUCAGUAAAUACAUAUUGGAUGGAAAAUAUCAACCGCUGUUAUUAUGGAAGUUUUAUAGGCAAUCCAUUACUACUCUCAAAGAUAGUGAUAAAGUUGGAGAAGGAAACGACUUCAAUUUGAUUGUACCUAGUGAUGGAUAUUGGUCUACAAAAGAACUUUACACUAUGGCUGUCUACCUUCGGGACUACCUUUUUUGCGUUGCUCAAAAUUUUUUAAUACCUAUUCAACUGGUUCUUCAAAAAAAUUUAGAGAUAGAAAAAGUUGCAUUUCAUGUACUGAUGGUGGUUGAAAAGAGGAAAUUAUCACAUAUAGAAGAGAUAUUGAAUGCGAUGUUGGCAGAUUAUACCAACAUGAACAAAUAUAUUGGAGAAGUUGAAAGUUGUAGAAAUGAUACUUUGGAUGGUCUCACAAACACGUUUAAAAACUAUCUUGCAACUGGUAAUAUGAUGUAUAGAUUUUAUUGA